ACAAACCCUACACAACUGGGCCCGAAGUGAAAAACGUUGCCCUUUAGCCUUUUAUUCACUCGCUUCCGCGACCAGUCACUUGCGAAACGUGGAUUGCAGUCGACUACAGCUAAGCGAAAUUAAAGGAAAGAAAGAAGAAAGUAGUUUCUUCACGCGUUAAGUUAAGCCGCCGUCGGCUGCCGGGACCGAUCAGAGUGAGUGUCCUCCGUACGCCUGGCUGAAGUCGUCUGCGUCCUAACGUGCACCCUACCGAACAGGAAAUCUGAAGACGCGAAGAGUUUGGAGCAACGAAGAGAGAGGGCGAGCGAUUGCGGUCAGAGCGAGUGAGAAGAGAAAAACGUCUUCCCGGCGCUGCUUCCGGAUUCCUUCGACGAAGCUCUGUCUUCCUCUCCUCGCUGAAGUUGCGGUGUCCGGUCGUCAUCGUCGUCGAAUCGUUUGACCUCAGACGGGAUUGUGUCCGCCCUUUUUUCUAUCCUCUGGACUGCAUUUAUAAGUCGAUCAUGGACCCCCAGAUCGAAGCCACGCUGAGGACAUGGGGAUUGGUACACUUGGGCCCCAAAUUUGAAGAUGAGAAGAUUGAGUGGGCCACAUUCUUAGAGCUGGAAGACGGUGACCUGAAACAGCUGUGCUCGAACUUGAACGAUUUGGUGAAGCUGCGUAAGCACCACAGAUUGAUGCGGCGUCAACCAGAGUUCUGGCAGGACGUUUUUGUUACCCCGCCUGCGGAAACUCAACCCUCCGAGAUGUUCACUGUCGCUGUCAACAGGAAUAGAUCGGGAAGUCCCAGUUCAGAAUCCAGAAACGUCGCAGUGACAAUGGAGACAGAAGAGAUGAAGAUUGAUGAAAAUGUCGCCAAGAUUGACAUGCAGAAGAAGGAAAAGUUGCAGGCUCGGAAAGACAAAAGGAAACAGAAGAAGAAGCAGUUCAGAGCUGAGCGCAGGAGGUGGCGUCGGCAGGCUAAAGAAAACGCCAAAGCUGCGGCUCAGGAUGACAAUUCAGCUUCCGGUUCCGUCGCUACUGGCGAGGCGUUGCCGCCUUCUCCGUCGGAGGGACCUGUCCCAGGCCCAGUCCCAACUGACGGCGCAUCGCCGCCUUCUCCCUCGCAGGAACCUGUGGCAGAAGAAAUGGCGGAGACGAAGACCGAUUGAGUGAAGUUCUUCAUAGUACCACAUGUCCGUCUAAAAGUCAAAUUAUUUUUUCGUUAAUUGAUAAUGAAGCUCACACGUUUCUCAUUACAUAUCAAGUUAUGUUAUGUAAAGAUCACAAUAUCGGUGUUUGUAAGUUAAUGCUUGCGUUGAAGUUUGCCACUUUUCAAGCAUUUUUUGGAUGGUUUGUGCAUACAUGUUAGGGAUGAAAGUACAUAUCGAGCAUUGCAACAGUUUCUUUUAUUGUUUUAAUUGUAUCAUGAUUCAAAUAUUCCAUCGAAGAAUUGUAAAUGGGAUGGGAAUAGAUUUUAUGUUUUUGAAAAGUUUUUUUUUCUUUUUGAAUUAUACUAAAGUGUUUUGACUGAACACUAGAAGCAAGUA